AUGCAGGCGGUGAGCGGUAAGGGCACGUGUCGUCCUCUGCUUGCCUCGUCAUCUUCAAUCUUCCUGCGAGUCAUUUGGCAGGCUGAGCGUGGAGUUGCGCAAGUGGAUCUGGAAGGCUUCCUUCGAGUGCUUCUGUUCUUCCACGUCAACAAAACCACUCUGCAACAGCGCCGAGACCAUGGCGAAACCGCCGCCGAUCCCCCAGCCAAGUGGCAGUUGACGCCCUUGCAGCCGGCAGCAAACUCUCGUAUUCUGUCUAGUUAUAUUGGGGUGAUGGUGUGCUUUCUGUACUACCACACUCUGGGUGUGAUGCCAUAGGGAAGUGCUUGGGGG